CGGCCGUUCGGUCCCCAGCCACGUUCUCGGCCGCUUCCCUCUUCUCUCCCCGCCUCCCUGCCUCCGUACGGACGCGGCCGGGGCGGGAGCCGAGCCGGAGUCGAGCCGGAGCUGGAGCCGGAGCCGCAACCGCACAGACGUGGAAACAUGGAGGCCUGAGCCGGCGUGCGCCACCCUGGCUGCGGCGGCGACGGCGGCUUCUUCCGAUCCCCCUCUACCACCCGCUCCUGUGUCGGUGGAGCUGGAAGCGGAUCUGCCCUCCGGCUGAGACAGGUUGUCUUGUGGAAAUGAAGGCUUAAGGGCAAAUUACCUACCAGAUUAAAGAUGGGAUCGAACAGCAGCAGAAUCGGUGAUCUUCCUAAAAAUGAGUACUUAAAAAAGUUAUCGGGCACAGAAUCUGUCUCUGAGAACGACCCGUUCUGGAAUCAGCUUCUCUCGUUUUCUUUCCCCGCACCAACCAGCAGCACUGAGCUGAAGCUUUUGGAAGAAGCAACCAUUUCAGUCUGCAGGUCUUUAGUUGUAAACAACCCUCGAACAGGAAACCUUGGUGCGCUAAUUAAGGUCUUCCUUUCUAGAACCAAAGAACUAAAACUUUCGGCAGAAUGUCAGAACCACAUCUUCAUUUGGCAGACACACAAUGCUUUGUUCAUUAUUUGCUGCCUGCUGAAAGCGUUCAUCUGUGAGAUGUCAGAAGAGGAACUGCAGCUUCAUUUUACUUAUGAAGAAAAGGCUCCUGGCAGUUACAGUUCUGACUCUGAAGAUCUUUUGGAAGAAUUGCUCUGUUGUUUGAUGCAGUUAAUCACUGAUAUUCCGCUCCUAGAUAUUACAUAUGAAAUCUCAGUAGAAGCUGUAUCAACAAUGGUGGUUUUCCUUUCUUGCCAACUCUUCCACAAGGAAGUUUUGCGACACAGUAUCAGUCACAAGUAUUUGAUGCGAGGUCGAUGUCUUCCGUACACCAGCAAACUUGUGAAAACCUUAUUGUAUAACUUUAUCAGACAAGAAAAGCCGCCCCCUCCAGGAGCACAGGUGCUCCCACAGCAGUCGGAGGGGGGAGGACUGCUCUAUGGACUUGCGUCAGGAGUAGCAACUGGCCUCUGGACUGUCUUCACACUGGGUGGCGUGGGCAGCAAAGCAGCUGCCUCUCCAGAACUUUCUUCCCCUCUGGCCAACCAGAGUCUCCUGCUUCUGCUGGUGCUGGCCAACCUGACUGAUGCUGCAGAUGCACCAAACCCCUAUAGACAAGCCAUUAUGUCCUUUAAGAAUACACAAGAUAGCAGUCCUUUCCCCUCAUCAAUUCCACACGCUUUCCAGAUUAACUUCAACAGUUUGUACACAGCUCUGUGUGAACAGCAGACAUCUGACCAGGCAACUCUCCUCUUGUACACGUUGCUCCAUCAGAAUAGUAAUGUUAGAACAUACAUGUUGGCUCGCACAGAUACGGAAAAUCUUGUUUUACCAAUUCUUGAGAUUCUGUAUCAUGUCGAAGAAAGAAAUUCACACCAUGUGUAUAUGGCCCUUAUAAUAUUAUUGAUCCUUACAGAAGACGAUGGCUUUAAUAGAUCCAUUCACGAAGUGAUAUUAAAAAAUAUUACUUGGUAUUCAGAGCGGGUUUUAACUGAAAUUUCACUGGGGAGUCUUCUGAUACUGGUUGUAAUAAGAACCAUUCAGUACAACAUGACGAGGACAAGAGACAAGUACCUUCACACCAACUGUCUGGCUGCUUUAGCAAACAUGUCGGCACAGUUCCGUUCUCUCCAUCAGUAUGCUGCCCAGAGGAUCAUCAGUUAUACCUGCCGCCACUUGCGGAGAUAUGUUUAUGUGUUGGACAAACUGUAUUUCCCCCACUCUCACUGUUCUACGCUUCAGCAUUGCUUCUCGACCCUCAGUGACAAUGGAGAGGAACUCUUGUCUUUAACUUGCUCUCACAUUCUCAGAUCCUAUGCUUCCAGUUUGUUUUCCUUGCUGUCUAAAAAACACAACAAAGUUCUGGAACAAGCCACACAGUCCUUGAGAGGUUCACUGAGUUCCAAUGAUGUUCCUCUACCAGAUUACGCACAAGACCUGAAUGUCAUCGAAGAAGUGAUUCGAAUGAUGUUAGAGAUCAUCAAUUCCUGCCUGACAAAUUCUCUUCACCACAAUCCAAACUUGGUGUACGCACUGCUUUACAAACGAGAUCUCUUUGAACAGUUUCGAACUCAUCCUUCAUUUCAGGAUAUAAUGCAAAAUAUUGAUCUGGUGAUCACCUUCUUCAGCUCACGAUUACUGCAGGCUGGAGCUGAGCUGUCAGUGGAACGGGUCCUGGAAAUCAUCAAGCAGGGGGCUGUCGCGCUGCCCAAAGACCGGCUGAAGAAAUUUCCAGAAUUGAAAUUCAAAUAUGUGGAAGAGGAGCAGCCCGAGGAGUUUUUUAUCCCCUAUGUGUGGUCUCUGGUCUACAACUCAGCAGUAGGCCUCUACUGGAACCCACAGGACAUCCAGCUCUUCACGAUGGAUUCCGACUGAGGGCAGGACACCGUCUCCCACCCUCAUCUCCCUCCCGCCGAGCAGCCCUUCAAGUUACUUUCUUCCGGGGGAACAGAAGUAGACAGAUUGCCUGAUGUAUCUUCUAGCAAAGAGGAUCACACAGGCGUGCUUCCCUUACACGCUUGGAUUUGGAGAAUUGGUGCCAGUUGGCAGUAGAUCACUCAGCUUAGAUUGUAGUGCAAAAAGGGGGGGCGGGGGGCACACGACAAUAAUAAAUGUAAAAACCUGCUAUUCCACAUGCAGUUUUAUUUCUAAACCAAAAAUCUAGAGCUUUUCCAGGAACCCGAUGCCUUAGGCAUAUAACACUUUACCAGUACAUACUAUUUUUUUUCUUUGCAUGUUCAAGAUUUUUGUUUUGGUCCUGUGUAUGUGUGUGUGUGUGUGUGUGUGUUUUCAACAUAGAGAAAUAUCUGAAAAGAUGAUGAGACAGGAAUUAGUAAGGAAAUGAAGUCAUAUGUAUGAGGGGUUGCCUUCCAGAGGGCCCAUGAUUUAAUAAACACUAUGCCCGGGCCGUUGGAUAUAAGCCUUUAGAUCAGAUCCUCUGCAUCUUUCAAAGAAAGAAGUGGCUCCUUCUCAUGAAGCUCAGAUUAGCUUUUCUGUGGGUUUGGCCUCUGAGCUGUAGCUGAAUUAAAUUGGAGUCUAGCACAAAUUAAGUUAAUCUACUCUGUAUUAAUCAUUGGUAAAAGAAAAGCUUCAUUUUGAAAGCAAUCUUUUUUCUUCAACCAGACUAAUAGGAGAAAAGGAGACCAAUUUGAUUAAUACAGUAUUCCACAUGAGAUGAAAAACAUGUUUUUCUCUUCAUUUCUGACUUUAUUUAAACUCUUUUGGACCCUGAGCUAGAGGAAGAAGCUUCUCUGAGGGAAACCUUCGCCGGGCUGCCCUGAGCAGAGCAUGCCUUCCAGAGCCGCGGGUACUGAAGGCAGAGUGGGCUGGUCCUUUGGAGGCCAGGUCUGAGUCCACGACCACCCUCUCACAGCCUGGAUGAGGAGCCUCGUUUCAUUCUCAAAGACACAAAAAGUAUUUGCUUUUCUGCGUAGAAAGCACGUAAUCUCAAAUGAGACUGAGCACCCCGUGUCAGUCAGCUGUUGCCUAAUCUCUAUCGGGAACUAGUUCUCUCCUCUCCCUGUGUCCCUGGGCUGGAGGCCGGAGUCAUUUUGGUCCAUCACAAUCUCAGAGGGUCUGGGAGGAGCUAUGUCCAGUCACAGCAAGCUCUGGAAAGGUCAAAAACACGCCAGCACGUCAGUGCACAUCUGUGUGGCUUCCGCCCGUGAAAAGCCUGGGCUGCUUCAUCUCUUCAGUGGGCUUUUGAGGCUAGCCAGACAAUUUCCUCGUCCUCACCAGGAUACUCCCCGGGGCAGGUUGGCUGGCUGAUGGACAAAGGGCCAUUGCUGGCGGCUGGACCUAGGAGGCAAGGGCAGGUUGCCUGCGGCCUCCUCGGGCCUUGCUCUGUUCAGGCCUCUUCCUGUCUCCACAAAUGGCUGGGGACUCUCCUGUAUCUCACUUAAGAUCACACAGACAGGGCCUCAGACUGGCAGAUGAGACGUGUUAACAGCUCCUGCUUAGUCGAGCCCAGGGGGAGAGGCGGUUUGAAGGUGGAUGGGUCAAUCCUCACAGUCUGAAUGAUGAUCAUUUUAGGUGGCAAUUAUUUUAUGUUCCCCACAUGGGGAAAUGAUAGACAGCUUGAAUUUGCUUCCAAAGCAUUUUGACUUGCUUCCUUUCCUUUAAACCAAAACACACAAUGUUAAAAGGGUCGCGUGCAGCACCUGAACCUCUGUUCGGACCGUGGAUCUGUCCUUGGAGGCUGAGGACUGGGCAGUGCCAUGGGAUAAUCACUAGGCUGCAGGCCUAUCAGUUCUCGGGGCAGGAGGAAAUAGGGUCCCCCAAAAGUCAGUCAGAGAGGGCCAACAACCAAGGAGCCCUUGACUGAGGGGAAUCCCACAGUUCCCUCUCCAGGCCACCUGGCUCACCAAGGUGCCUCCAAAGCCCCAUUCUCCAGCAUGCUCCUCUCCCCCACCCGCUUUUAAUGAACCAAACAGUGGAAGUGCUUACUGGCCUAAAAGCUUAAGCCAGGGCUACCGCCUCAGGCAGCACGUGGGCCCACGCUCCCAGACACCACUGCGUCACUGCCUCAGCUCUGGAGACCCACCAGGAGUCUUCUGAUUUUUGUGAAAGAUCUAUUACAUGACAAUAAAUUUAACUGAUAAACUUGAA